UUUCAAUUUAGCCAUUUAGAUUUUGACCUAUCAUAGGAGCAGCCAAACCAGAACUGACAUGAGUCAGACACUGAGUUUGAUGUAACCCUAUACGCCCCGUAUAGGCCUAUAUGAAGCAUAUACAAGGCAAAGGGUGUCUAAAUAGGCGGAUAGGGUGUGUGGAUAAUUUGAGCCUAUUAAUAUUCGCACGACAUGUAGAAUCGUGUGAUUAUUGUAUACGUGUCUUUUUUUUAUCGAUUUUUUUUUGUUUCUUAGCUUGUUAAUUUCCUUCUUUAGUUAGAAUAAAUGGUCAGAUGCCUAUUUAGGAAAGUUUUUGCACUCAACAGUGGAAUAAAUCCAUCUUUGCCACAAAAGGAGUUUGAAACCUGAAUCUGGUUCUUCCAUUUACUUUUGGAAGACCAAAUGAAUCCAUUCUAGAGCUAUAAAGGUUGAAGGGACAACAAAAACUAGCAAGCAACCCCACAAUCAUUCUACCUUCUAAACAACUCUAAAAUAAGCUAGAACAACACAAACAUGGCGACAACUGCGGCGAAACAGUGCAAUACAUGCCAAAGAAACCUUGUUAAGAUGCCUGGAUCACAAUAUGAAGUGUGUCCCGUGUGCACCACCGUCAACCUUUUCAACCAAAAGAUCAAGGGUCGUGUUCUCUUCCGAAUCGGGCAGGUUAUCAACGCAGCGGCAAAUCAACAUCAGCAUGAGCUUCAACGACAACCCUCAAAUCACGGCAGGAAAAGAGCUGUUCUAUGUGGUAUCACCUAUAAUAACCACAAAAAGAAACUUGAAGCUAGUGUUCAUAAUGUCAGGAGCAUGCAACAAUUACUAGUGAACAAAUUGGGCUUUCCAAAUUAUUCCAUUAUUGUCCUUACAGAGGAGGAGUCGGAUAGCUCGAGGAUUCCAACGAAACAUAACAUACAAGGGGCAUUAAAGUGGCUCGUCCAGGGUAGCCAGCCCGGGGACUCAUUGAUGUUCUACUACGCAGGCCAUGGAACCCGAGUUCGCGAUCAAGAUGGAGAUGAGAUUGAUGGGUAUGAUGAAGCAUUGUGCCCUCUUGACUAUAAGAAGGCUGGAACAAUGCUAGAUGAUGAAAUCAAUGCCACCAUUGUAGCACCACUCACUCAUGGUGUAACACUUCACAGUGUCGUUGACACUUGCCACAGUGGAACUCUUCUUGAUCUACCUUUUCUGUGCACGAUCAACCAGGAUGGAUUGUAUAAGUGGGAAGAACAUCAACUAACAAAUAAAGGAACCCGUGGAGGAAAAGCAGUGUGUAUUAGUGCAUGUGCGGACGACCAGUACUCAGGAGAUACAUCAGCAUUCACAGGCAAGGCUAUAGGCGCAUUGACUUUUAGCUUCAUCCAAACUAUGGAAAAAGAAAGCAAUCUAACAUAUGGAAAGUUACUUGCCUCUAUGCGAAAAAAAGUUAACCAAGCUCAACAAGUGGUAGGCCGAUUUGCGCCACAUGCAUCUCCUAUGUCGCAGGAGCCUCAACUAUCCUCUUCCAAAAGAUUUGAGAUUUACUCAGAGCCUCUUAUAAUCUAGAGAAUACGUCUGGCCGGUGUUAGCUCCAAUAAAUGAUUUAUGAUCUACGAUUUCAGCGACACAAAAUAAGUGUCAAAAAAUACAAAACUGUCAAAACAAAAGUGUCCCUAUAUGUAACAAUCGGUCACUAAAUUUUACUUGCCCA